AUGGCUACUUGCAAGUUGUGUAGGGAUCCGUUAGUGUUCCAAAUUGAGGAUGAGGCCGACAAAGAAAACGCCGGGAAAGCAAGUGCUGAAGAAGUGCCUGACGAUCUCGAACUCCCUUGUGGCUGCCAUUUUCACUGGCAAUGUUUGCUAGACGAGUCCCCAGCUGUUACUAUUUCGUUCAGGUGUCCCAGUUGUGAAUCAUACUUGGCUACAGAUGAGUCUGGCGCAUCCGGGAGUAGUAGCACCGCGGCCUCUGUGGCGUCGGUCAUCCUGGCCAAAUACAAGAACGAAGGCGGUCUGCAGCCAAACUUCGAUAUACUCCCUGCCAUCACUGAGGAAGCCUACCUCUCCAGCCACCCAGAAGCCCGGCCCGCGCGAGCUUUCCAGAUCAUGUGCUCCGAAGGGGAUGUAGGUGGUAUGGUCGAGUUGUUGGCAACGAUUGAUGAUGCCAACGAUGGAGAUGUCAGUGCGCCCUCGGUGCUCAGGUACCAAGAUCCACUGUCUAAUAUGAAGACUGGUCUUCAUUUAGCUAUUGAACGAGGACAGACAGAUGUCGCUCUCCUGCUACUUUGGCUUUGCUCAACUAUACCGGACGGGGAAUUUCCUGAGGAUGGUAGGCAGACUGCCCAGAUGUUAGGCGUUGGCCGCCUAGCUGUGGACAGUAAUGGAGACAUAAGGGCAUUGAAGGACAGCAACGGAUUGACUGCCGGUGACCAUGCUCGUCAGUUUGCGGGGCAAUGGGUGGCUCUUUUUGAAGCAGGGCUACUAUAG